AUGAACCACUUCGGUGCCAAACCUCUGAUUUGUUAUUGCGAACCGCCUGAGGACUGUACUCAGACAGCCGAACAUUCGAGUGUCUGUUACUCCAACACCGGUUGUUUUCACUCGUACAUUGUGGAUGCGGGUGUGCCGUUCGAGUCGUUUGGUUGUUUCAAAAACGAUUCCAAUCAUUAUUUCAUGACAUGUUUGAUCAAGGAGAAUCCCUUGUUCAGAAUAUUCUGUUGUCAAGAUGAGGAUUUUUGUAAUCGUGCCAAAAGUACCAUCACUGACCCCGCUGUUGGACCGACUGAAUCAAUCUCACCGUUAUCGUCCUCUAUUUCCACCUAUCCGAAAUCGAACCCGAUUCACGCGGAAUAUUAUAUGCCUGCAGACUACGGUGAACCUCAGCAAAGCAGAUGGCUUCGAUACACAGACGAAAACGGACCAUACUACUUAGCGACCAAACCAAUCCAGUAUGUGGCAAUAGUGAUAAUCCCGGCCCUAGUAUUAAUCCUACUGCUCUCCAUCCUGAUCUUUUUUGUUCGACGCCGAAAAUUUUGCUUGAAGGUCAAAAACAAGCCCACACAUCCUGUAUCAUCCUUAUCAUCGUCCAUACCAUCACCACCACUACCACACNGGAACAAUUCACUACAGGCAAAAUCCCCCCGUUCUAUUCAGUCCAUCCCAAAUGGACAACCAUGUUGCGGUGGUGGUUGUGUUGGUAGUUCAAAAGUGACUUCAGCGGACUAUGAACGAAACGGUCUGGGGUAUGGCACAGGUUCCGGUCCGUCGCCAUUGCUCUCGACUAGCACCAAUUGCAAUCUGGGUCAGAGACAAAAUGUGUACGGGGAUGUAUCCUCCUUUCGGGGUUCCGNAAGAUCUUUUGAUUGGAGAUCACAAGGUUUCAACGAAUGCAAAUCCACGACUCAGUCAGACCAGGUCGGUUCGAUGUUGGGGCCGAACGGGAAAAUUGAAACAAGAGGUUUAUCAGCCGUCCGAAAUGGUAAGUAUGGCAUGAAUAAUCUGGAAUUCACAGUGUUGUCCAAAGAACUGACCGGUACAAGUGGCAGUGGAAGUGGAAAACCGGUGCUCGUGCAGCAAACAAUUGCUCGACAAAUCCGACUGGAAGAAUGUGUGGGAACUGGUCGGUUCGGUGAAGUGUGGCGUGGCACGUACGAGGGUGAGAAUGUGGCGGUGAAAAUAUUUUCCAGUCGAGAUGAAGCCAGCUGGGUUCGAGAAACGGCCAUUUUUAACCGUUUCACUCUUCAGCACGAAAACCUUAUCGGAUAUGUGGCCAGUGAUAUCACUUCGAGGUAA